UCUCUCCUCCAUCGAUUCAGAGGUGCCAAAAAGGCUUGAACGGGACGUCAUUUUCAAUUACACUGUGACUCUUCUUCCUUAUAGGAUAAGAUCUGAAGAAUAUCAGAUACACAGCAUUGACCCUGCCUCAAAUUAAUAUUUUAUUUAAUAUUUUUGUUUUUCCUUUAAUUAAUUUUUCAAAGCUUCUGACACUGCUUCGAUAAAAUUGAGGAUUAACCCACCAUUCUCUGGAUAAUUUGGGAACUUGGGUCGAUUCCCAUUUCGCAAAUUGAAAGCCAAUCAACGAAAUCCAUUUCCCAUCCACCCAAAAUUGAGCUCUUUGAUUCGUUCUUCUUUCUUUUGUCAAUAAAGCUCUUUGUUUCUGGUUUUGUGGAAACGGUUGAAAUCACUCACGAGAACCUCGAAUUUCGGUUAUUUGGAUACUUUACAAGGACAGGCAAAAAGAUUGGGGGUUAUGAAUUUCUUUCUGAUAUUUGUUUCAUGAAGCUUCUGAUUUUUGGAUCUUUCUGGAUUUGAGUUCUGUUCUUAUGGAAUAUCUCAAAUCAUUUAGUUGAAAUUGAAGGAAGCUGUUGAGGAGAGUCAAAAUCUUGAGAGUGUUAUGGAGAGUUCUUAUGAAACUUCAAAUGGAAAUGGGCCAACAGAUAAUGGACACGCUCCUGGGAUUCACUCCUCUCAUAAACCCAACAUUAAGGUGUCAUUGCCUUGGCUUGAUUUAAAAGUGUUUUAUGUUAGAAUUAGCAAUUGCGAGAUCGACGAUUCCACUCCUGAGUACCUCACCUUGAAUCAUGUUCCGCUGGAUCCUGACACCCUUCUCGAAGUUAAUGGUGUUAGAACUAGCAUAUAUUCGGAUGGGGAAGCAUCCCCAACCCUUCUUCGAAGGGAUCGGUUAGAUAAGAAAUCUGAAGAAGUUACAUUCAUAAGCACUGACAGUAUAAGGAUUACUGGAAGUGUGAAAUUUGAGGUCUUUGACAAGGAUGUUCUUGUGCUAUCCGGGGUUUUGGAAUUGUGUGAUAGUAAUGGUUUCACUGGAGAAGCAAAUCCGCAUGGCCAAAUAUGGAGCAUGGAUUGUGAAUCAAACAUAAUUGCCGAUGCUGGCUUUCUCAAAGGGAAGCAAUUGCUGGGUGCAGAAUCGGCUUCGCCAACAAUUGAGGUCUAUAUUACCGGGUCAUUCUUUGGGACGCCAAUUAUCUUAACAAAGACGCUGCAACAUAGUUCUAGGAAGAAGCAUACAAGGAAGUUGUUGUUAGAUUCAAUACCAGAGUAUGAUGCAACAGAAGACCAGAAAGAAGCUCCUUCCGAGCUAGCUUUGCAGGCGGCAGAAUACCCGCACCACAAACCAGAGAGCGAAGACUAUCAUAUGUAUGAGGGGACCGCAUACAUGGAAGGUGAAGAUGGAGAACUUUCAUGGUUCAAUGCCGGGGUGAGAGUGGGAGUUGGCAUUGGCCUUAGCAUUUGUCUGGGAAUUGGAAUCGGAGUGGGUCUUCUUGUUAAAACAUACCAAGGCACCACCAGGAACUUUAGAAGGCGGCUACAGUAGUAAUCCAUGACAUCUACCGUUUGCUGUUGUAUCAUAGCAUAUACCGGAAAAACUCACUUUUUUUAUCCAAACUCCAAACUAGAAUUGGUGUAUAUGACGUAUCAGCGUCCCUGAUGAGGCUCGUGUUUUGCUAUUAAGUGCAGGGAGUUGAUGGUUUCAAUAUUCUUCUCUCUUUUCAUUGGGGUUUUGUUAAAAUAAGCGGCCUUAUACUCUUAUUCCUGUGUAUAAUGAUAAAAGCAGAAGCAUCUCUUGUUCUUGAUUUUCCAGGGGAAGAAUCAAAUAGCUAGUGCAAUUCGCUGUUGUGGUCCGCAUUUAUGGAGAUUAUUUUGUUCUCUGAGGUGUUCAUAGAAAUGAAAUUUUGGUAAUGGGAAAGUCUUAGAAAACUUUAUUACUGUUUUCAUGUGGGUUUUGGCUUUGGUUCAUAUGUUUGUAUUUAUUUGUUAAAAAAGCAGGAGCUUUCAUUUUGAGGGGUGAUGUUUUAGUCCUGUUUUUCAGCUAGAGAACUAGAUACAAGUUGGAUAUAGAGAAUUUCUUUGUACUUCUGAAAAAAAAAUAAAUUAAAAAAAAAUUGUCCAAAGUGGGCAUUAAGUGAUUUCUACAUUAUAUUGUGAUGGAGGCCAAGAAGUGCAUGCAUUGUCUAGCAUACUUAUUGCACAAUUCAUUGUCUUCCUGGCACGUUCGGUUUUUGAUUU